AUUUAUGAGUGAAAGAAGAGAAGAGGAUACAACUCUUGUUUAAGCAGCUAUUCCAGUUGCCUUAGAUGGUGUAAAAUAAGCUGAACAAUUGGAAAAAAAGAUUAAAGAGUAUUCAUUAUAAAAGAUAUAUUAAUGUAUAGAUAAGGAGGAUAAAAACUUGAAGAUGCUGAAAAACAAGCAGAAGAAUAAAUUGCUAAAGUUUAAGGAUUUAUUGGUUUAACUGGAAGUUAAGCAUAAAUCGCUUAAUAAUAAUCACUAGCUGUAGCUGCUGCAUAAUAUCUUGCAGGCAGUUUAUUAUCUAUGUUGAUUCUUUAACUUGGUUUCUUUGGAUCCAUUCUUACUUUUAUUCCAUUCUUAGAAUAAUUGACAAUUAUUUUAUAUUUAGUUUCCAUCUUAAUUGUUCAAUUCUGUCCAGCAACUUUUGAUAAAGUAUAUAUAUAAUUAUUAUAUAUUAUUAGGUUCCUAGAAAUUUUGGAUUCUGUAUUGUCCAUUCAGCCAGCAAAAUUUUAUUAAUGGUUUAUCUUACUCUUCAUUUUGAAUCAAUCAAAUUUGAACUUAUUCAAUUAGUAUUUGGAAUAGUCAUUCUAUUCUUAUUAUAUUAAAUUAAAUAAGGAAUAAGUAAUUUAAUUAUUAUAUUUUUAGCUGAAAAUUAAGACAUUGCCUUAGUCGUUAGAAAAUAAUUCUUUACAGUUUUAAUUGUAUCAGCAGUGAUCUCAGGAUUUUUGGGAUUGUUAACAAGAUCAAACUUAUUUAUUACUAUUCUGUUAAUUAUUAUUGGAGCUGGUUACACCUAUUAUUUAUAAUUGGCUUUGUAAAGAUUUUGUGAUCACAAAUUCUUAUUUAUUAAUAAAAACGAUUUGUACAUGGGAGCUGCCUAAUUAGAUGCUGAUUUAUUCUUAUGGUGUAAAUUGGUUGGUUUCCAUUGUUUUAAGAAAAAUGAAGGAGGAGCUUAUGUUCCAAAUUUAGAGUUUGAAGAAGAAAACAAAUAAAAAGUAUCAGAAUCAUAAGAAUAAAAUAAAAUAUGAAAUAUUCAUAAGAAAAAAAAAAUAGAAAAU